GUUCGCUUGUGUCAAGUGACAGGUGACGUCAUCGGGAGUUUCGUCGCGGCGGUGGGAUAGUGAAUCGCCGAGACGGAGAGAUUGAUUCAAUUUUAGUGAUCGAGUCAUGCUGCGAUCCGGAUUUAGACCUGAACGUUUGCGGGUGAACCUGCGACUUGUUAUCAAUAGGCUUAAGCUGCUGGAGAAAAAGAAAACUGAAUUAGCUCAAAAAGCCAGGAAAGAAAUCGCAGAUUAUCUUGCAGCUGGGAAGGAUGAACGGGCUAGAAUCCGCGUUGAGCAUAUCAUUCGGGAGGACUACUUGGUGGAAGCCAUGGAAAUUCUGGAACUGUACUGUGACUUGUUGCUUGCAAGAUUUGGCAUGAUCCAGUCGAUGAAGGAACUGGACACAGGCCUGGCAGAGGCAGUCUCAACACUAAUCUGGGCUGCCCCAAGGUUGCCAACAGAUGUAAUAGAGUUGAAAAUAGUGUCAGAUCAGCUCUGUGCCAAAUACAGCAAGGAGUAUGGAAAACUUUGCAGAACAAACCAAAUCGGGACUGUGAAUGAGAGGCUCAUGCUCAAACUAAGUGUUGAAGCACCACCCAAAAUCCUAGUGGAGAGAUAUUUAAUCGAGAUAGCAAAGAACUACAAUGUUCCCUAUGAGCCUGAUGCAGUUGUCAUGGGUGAAGCUCCAGUAGGGGUGGAAGCAGAUUUGAUUGAUGUUGAUAAUGGAGACAAGAAGGGUGGACCUGGUGAAGGUGGUGGUGGAGGAUUUACAGCGCCCAAUCCAGGCUUUAUGCCAAUGGCAAUGCCCACACCAUCUGUACCAUUUUCAUACCCUCCAAGAAAGGGACCAGAUAAUUUUAAUGGUCUUCCAGUAGACACUUAUCAGCCAUUCAACAACUUCCAGCCAACAAACUUUGGAGGUAAUCCACCUCCAAUUCCAACGCAGCCACCAACAUAUGAAUCUAUUGAUGAUGCUAACAGUGCUGACACUCAUUUGCCUUCUUCCAAGCUUCCUGGUCCUUCAGCACCAGUUGCUGCACCUCGAAAGAUGCAUGGACCUGCUGCUCCUGGCCCAAGCGACUUUAUUUUUGAUAACACAACACUACCAGAGUUGCCCUCUGUGCCUGACACCUUACCGACAACAUCUGUGGGUGGCACCUCUACAGCUUCAGAAGACAUUGAUUUUGAUGAUCUCUCUCGUAGAUUUGAGGACUUGAAGAAAAAAACCUAAUUGUCUUGAUGAUUAUAUUCUUCACUUUUCAGAUUAAUUCUAAAUUCACCAAUGUUUCUCUGCUAGAGCCUGAAAGCUUUAUAAUGGAACCAGAUGCUGUGUAUGCUGGAAUAUUAACACUCCUUGAAAACAUUUUUGGCUUUUUUUUUUGAAUUGAUGCAAUAGAGCUUUCAGAUAUUAUUCUAUCAGAUGAUGUUUGUAUUUACGGGGGAGUUAUUAAACUAAAUGGAGUGCAAUGGUUUAAAUCCAGUUUUGGCAAUGUCUUCACAUCUUUUAUACUUGGUUGAAUGCUUCUCUCUCUCAUACACUUCAGCAGGACUGUUGAGGGCAUUUGGAAACAGUGUACAUUGUAUUGACAGCUGACAUUUGACCUUGUCAUGUCAAAUUGCAUUGGAGAAAGCAAAAUGCUUAUCCUGACAAAAUGAGUUGUUGGUACCAUUUGGUAAUAUUGUAAAUACUUUUCAUGUAGUUAUUUAUGCAGUAUCCUGUGUACUCCAAAAAAAAAACCAACAAUGUGGUUUCUAUUUAUGGGUGGGUAAUCCUUAUGUAAUUUAGUCUAAUUUGAACUUAAUCUGUCAGAAAGAUUCUUUCACUUGUUUUACCGCAGCCUUUUAAGUAUUAAAUUUGGGAUUUUCAGCAUUUGAAAUAAUCAUACUUAAUGUCCAUGUAGCAACUUUUAACAAACUAAGUGCAUUUCUGAAGUUUAUAAAGCUUCCUAAUCAACAAAAUCUAAAAUAUUUUCGGAUUCACAUUGCGCAGAUUAUAUUUUUUGGUCACUUUAAAUUGUCCAAGGUCUGAGAAAACUUUUACUGCAGGAGUAUAUGCUAAUUUUGGGUGGAGUACUGAAGUCUUAAAAACUGACCUAUCAACAGUUAUUCAAAUGCCAUUCUCUUUUUAUAUAGUAUAAAAAUACAAGACCAUCAAGUUGUUGUUUUACUUACCAGUUAAUUCCUUAAAAUGCAUAUUACUUCAUCACUUAAUGCUACAUUUCUGCUGAGCCCAGCCAAUGCUAAAAACUCUGGAAAGACUACUGUGCUGUUUAUCCCUCUGCCCCAGCUAGGGGUGUCUAAGAAUGAAAUAUUCAUUCAGUUUUACAACAGGUUUCUCAAUCUUAGUGGGGUAACCUUUGGUGAAGUAACUCAUUAUUAGAAACUUGUCUAUGGCAGCAGUGGCACACUUACUGGGAGUUCACUGUCCUAUGCCUGUUUUUUUCAUUGAGAAAUAUGUAAUGCAGCAAGAUUACUGAAGAUAAAGUGGAAAAAAUGCAUUACCUUCCAGAAACUUAAGAAUGGCUGUUGGCCCCCCCAGACUCUUUUACUUGUUCCUGUACUUCUCAAUAAUUCCACUAAUUGAUGAUUGUAAUUAGACACUAGAGCAAAAUCCAAUAAAUGGUGUGGCUGAGAUGGUCUCUGUGUAUAAACUGAUAAUUGUUCAAAUUUAACCUGCCAAUUUGUGUCCUGAGUUUCCUACUUCCUGCACAGUCAGGCAUAUUUUGUUCAUGUCAUCAAGAUUCUUCUCAGGCAACGUACUCAUCCUUUACACCAGUUUGAAACAAUGAUUGUUUAACUUGUAUAUUUUCUUUCCAACUGGAAUGGUUUCUUAUAACUGCCAAUAGAGUGGAUGAAGCAACAAUAUUAAUGAACUCUGAUUUUCCAGAGUUGAUUUGUGCAUGCAUGCAUCAAUGAUUGAUGUGUACAAGGUUGUAAAAUUGCCUUCAAACAUUGAGUAGCUAACCAACAGUCAGGUGGCAGGUUCAUUUGUUUAACAUCUACUGUUGAGUGGAAGUGCUGAAUACAGAAUAAACGAAUUAUUGUAAAAGUUCUUUUAAUAAGACUACUCAUUAUUUUCUCCUUGUAAUACAUUGAUUAAUUUGAUUUCCUGCAGUAUAUUCUGAUUAUUCUUGACAAAUGAAGUUUUGAAGGCCUUAUUAGUGUCUAACUUUACAAGAAAGUGUAGAUGGUGUACAUUAUUCUGUUAAUUAUAUGUUUAAACAUUACUAAAUAAAACAGUUUAAAAA